AUGGAGUACACUAAAUAUAAGAAAAACAGGUUGGAAUGUCUGGAUUUAUCUUUCCAAUAUGAGGGAAAAGAUAGACUAGUAUCUACUAAUGGUGACAAUAUUUUUAAUGAUUUUGAAGUUACUGAAAAGUCAAAAGCGGACCUUAUAUUAGAUUACUAUGGUUAUGGCUUCGAGACAGACUCAUCCGAGUCUAAAGAAACUAAUGGUUCCAAAUAUGCGAGUCUGAAGCAGUGA